AUGCGCGCGGAGCACGCCGCGCUCUACGCGUGGCUACUCUGCUGCGCUACUGCUCUUUCGACCCACAAGUAUAGCACUAGGGUUAUACGUACUAAAUACGGUCCUCUGAGAGGGAUUGUGGUGCACUCACAUCCGCAAGUUGAAGCUUACCUAGGGGUACCCUACGCGACCCCACCACUCGGCAGUCUAAGAUACAUGCCGCCUGUGACGCCAUCGCAGUGGCGUACGACGCGCCUGGCAGACGCCGCGGGGCCAGCUUGUCCUCAAGUGCCUCCUGCCGCCGCGCCGCGUGACGAGGCACUGCUGGUUCACCCUCGGGCCCGUAUUCGACAGCUAGAACGACUGCUUCCUAUGCUAGUCAAUCAAAGCGAAGACUGUCUUUACGUUAACCUCUACGUACCUGUGAUAGGUAUAGAAGAUAUGAGUGAAGGUACCAGCCUCCCCUGUCUUGUAUUUGUGCAUGGGGAGUCGUAUGAGUGGAGCUCCGGUAAUGCUUACGACGGCACUACUCUCGCGGCGAACGGAAACAUCAUCGUAGUUACAAUUAACUUUAGAUUGGGUGUAUUGGGUUUUCUCAAGACUGGAGCUAAAGGUUCGGCGCAAGGUAAUUUUGGCCUAAUGGAUCUAGUAGCGGGAUUACAUUGGUUGCGGGAAAAUCUUCCAGCAUUUGGCGGAAAUCCCGAACAGGUCACAUUAAUGGGACACGGUACUGGUGCAGCACUCGCCAAUUUUCUUGCUGUGUCACCGGUAGCUAGAGAACUACUGAAGCGCGUCAUCUUGUUAAGCGGGUCGGGGCUUAGUUCAUGGGCGUUACAGAGGGAACCUCUCACGAUAAAAAGAAAGGUUGCAGAGCAGACUGGCUGCCACGGGGAUUUGUUAGAGGAUGAUCUGGCACCGUGCCUACGUAACAAGCCGCUCUCCGAACUUCUUGCAGUUAGACUGGAUCCGCCACGCUUCCUACCUGGAUUCGCUCCAUUUGUUGAUGGCACUGUUAUUGUAUUUCCAUCCUCGGCUCCUCCACCGUCAGAUAGCUCUCGUUUGGGAGCAGGGGCAGCCGCUGUGGCAACCGCCGCAGGACACGAGCUAGCUGAUUUUCCUCAUAGAGAAUUAAUGUUUGGCCUUACAACAACAGAGUCUUACUUGGAAUUCAAUGCUCAAGACUUAGAGUUUGGCUUCAACGAGAGCCGGCGGGACCGCAUUCUGCGCACCUUCGUCCGCAACGCCUACUACUACCACCUCAAUGAGAUUUAUUCCACCCUAAAGAAUGAGUACACGGACUGGGACAAACCCAUCCAGAAUCCGCUUAGUGUGCGAGACGCCACACUCGAGGUACUGAGCGACGGAAGAACGGCCGCUCCUUUGAUCAGACUCGGAUAUCUUCAUGCUCUGCGUGGCGGUGUUACAUAUUUUACCCAUUUCCAUCAUCUGUCCCAAGAUAAAGACUAUCCUCAGCGUCCUGGAUCUGUCCACGGCGAGGACUUACCGUACUUUCUUGGACUUCCAUUAUCUCUAACGCAUCAUCAGCAGAAUUUCACGGCAGUCGAACAAAAGGUCUCCAAACUAUGUGUGCACUACCUAGCAAAUUUUGUCAAAUAUGGCAAUCCAAACGAUCCGUCUGCGACGCCUCCACCCAGUCCCGUAAUGGGGGAAACUCCCCAUCUUGAAGCAGACCAGACUCCCUACUGGGAUACCUAUGAUACCAUUAACCAACUUUACAUGGAAAUAAGUAGCAAAUCUGAGAUGAAGAGUCACUACCGUGGGCACAAAAUGUCGCUUUGGUUAUCCCUUAUUCCACAAUUGCAUCGCCCUGGAUCUGAUUUACCUGAUGCAGCUAUGAGGCAUCAUCAUUUUCAAGAUGAUAAUGCAAAUUAUUAUGAAGGAGCUGUAAGAACUCAAUCAUUAGCUCGAGCGCAUGUCCCUCAUGUUGUGGAUAUUGAUAACGGAAAUGUUCGAGGAGAUUCAGGUCGAAGUACCUUGCCUCCCCGUGCUUCGGCAAAACCCUCAACAGCACCUCCUGUUCUUUCAACUGAAUGUCCACCAAAUACAACAACUACACCAGUUCAAUCUGACGAUGCCUUGCUUCGUCGACUAGCUUCAUCGCACUACCAAUCUUAUACAGCUGCGUUGACGGUGACAAUUGCCGUUGGUUGCUUCUUAUUACUUCUUAACGUUCUUAUUUUUGCUGGUAUUUAUCAUCAAAGAGGAUCCCGGCCUCGGCGCUGCAAAGAUGACUUAGCCGAGGCCGGGAGUUCCUCAUCCUCUGAUAAUUAUGACGGAAAAUUAGACUACGAAGUUCGCGCUUUCGACGGCAAAGGAUUUGGCUUUGAGUGUAAAUCCGCUCAUGUCCCACGUGGGUCAGGCUCUAAAUUUGAUUUGAGAACUUUGUCAGACUGUGGAGAGCCAACAUUUGGAGAGUACAGUUGCUACGAAGAAAAACAUAGAGCUGCCCGAAGUUCUUUGCCUGAUGUCAGCGUUGGCAGUGCAAUUGAAGCUGGUAGUGUUGUUUGUAUUGAUACCCAGAAGCCAGACAUACAAAGAGUAGAAGGACGCACUUCGGAACCAGUUGGAAGAACAAGUACUUUUGAACCUCGUGUGGUAGAUAGUUCCACUCAAGUGAAGUUUGGCCCCAUAGAUAAUUCGUUAAACACAUCUGAUAUAAAUGAGGAUUCCGAAACAGGGGCAGUCGGAGGUUCGGGUAUUUUAAGAGUCCCUCCUGCUGCAACUGUGCCCGCGCCACCUGGAAUUAUGAAGAAAAGAGUUCAAAUACAAGAAAUAUCUUUGUAA